UCGAACUUGGGUUGACCUAUGAUAUUAAUUCUGUUCCAUAGAGUAAUUUGAUAUUCAUCAAUAUUUAGUACUGCUUUUUUGCUAUAAAUCUGAUGUGCGUCUAGAUUUUGAUUCUGGCUCCACGUGAACAGACUCUGAAUCAGCAGGACCUAUACACUUUUUAGAGGAUCUAUUGUAAAAUUCGCAUUCAUUAUUGGAUAAAUAAAUGCAAAACACUUCAGCACGCUCAUUUUGCGGCCAACAAUUUUUAUUUUUUGUGCCACAAAAUCGACUCUUCUAUUGGUGGCAAACUUUAGAGCUCAAAAGUGAAGCUGAAACAGAAAACUAUUCAAUUGUGCAGUCACUUACGUUUUGUACCAUAUAGCUGGUCUUACGUUUUCUAAAACACCAAUCACCAUUAAUUGCCAAAAGCAACAUCGCGAAGUACUGAACAAAUCAUGAAAACAUAGCUCAAUUACUGUGAGUCAUUAAAUUCAUUCAAUUUGUCCUUUUAUAUGAAGUACCAGAUCUUAAAAAACGUUAUCAAAACUUUUUGUUUUGCAACUCCUUGAAAAAAAAUCUGUACUGAUUUUUCCUGGCAAUUUUUUCUGAGCAGAUCAUUUAGCCAAAGAUAAUUAUCCAUGAAAUAAAAAAUCAUCCGGCUAAAAACUGGCUCUUAUUCUUCUUCCGAUUACUUGAAAAUUUGCAAAUUAAGACAUAAUUUGUAAUAAAGUAGCAUGGCAGUGUUAAACAUAGUAGACAUAGUCGUGUUAUGUCUCCACUUCGUAGUAAUAAUAGCGGUCGGUCUCUGGUCCGUCUUCCGACCGGGCAACAGGGGCAGCUCCAAGGGCUACUUUCUGGCGGGCAGGGACAUGCCCUUUUGGGCUGUGGGGGGUUCCCUGUUCGCAAGUAAUAUUGGCAGUGAGCAUUUCACUGGACUGGCUGGGAGUGGAGUAGUGUCCGGCAUUGCGUAUUCCAGCUAUGAGAUCAAUGCAGUCUGGGUGCUGUUACUAUUGGGGUGGGUGUUUCUGCCAGUGUACAUGGCCUCUGGAGUGUACACUAUGCCAGAGUACAUGAAGAGACGCUUCGGAGGCAGGCGGAUCCAACUGUUCCUGGCCACCAUCUCCAUGUUCGGAUAUGUGUUCACAAAGAUAUCCGUCAGUCUUGUUGCAGGUGCCACCUUCAUCCAACAGGUGUUCGGCUGGAAUAUUUAUCUGUCCAUUCUGGCACUUCUCGCUGUAACAGCGUUGUUCACCAUAGCAGGUGGUUUAGCAGCCGUGAUCUACACCGAUACUGCGCAGGCUGUCAUCAUGUUACUGGGGGCGCUGACUCUGAUGGUGUUCUCCAUCCUAGAGGUGGGAGGGUGGGAAGACCUCAAGAUGAAGUAUGCCAACUCCAUACCAACUAACACAACAUUAAUAGGCUGUGGCUACCCGAGGGAGGAUGCGUUCAAGCUGUUCCGCAGUCCAGUGGACGGAGACCUGCCCUGGCCUGGAGUGUUCACUGGCAUGGUGGUGACCAGUAUAUGGUACUGGUGCACAGACCAAGUCAUAGUCCAGAGAACCCUGGCUGCCCGGAGUUUAACCAGUGGCAAGUUGGGAGCCAUACUAGCUGGAUGGCUCAAACUCACUCCUAUGUUCCUGAUAAUCAUCCCUGGCAUGGUCAGUCGUAUCCUGUACACUGAAGAAGUAGCCUGCAACACCGCUAAGAAAUGUGAAGAGUUCUGUGGCAGCUCCUCUGGCUGCUCAAACACAGCAUACGCCAGACUAGUAGUGGGACUUCUUCCACAGGGAAUUCGAGGUCUGAUGUUAGCCGUUAUGCUGUCUGCACUCAUGAGCUCUCUCACCUCAGUGUUUAACAGCGCUUCAACUGUAUUCACAAUGGACUUCUACAAACUAGUCCGGAAGAACGCUCCCGAAGCCGAACUCAUGAUCGUCGGCAGGGUCUUCGUUGCGAUUCUGAUCGGAGUGUCUGUUCUCUGGGUUCCGAUCGUUAUGGAGUCGAACUCCGGCGUCCUAAUGGACUAUUUGCAGUCAGUUCAAAGUGCAAUGGGGGCGCCUAUUGCGGCUGUUUUUAUCUGUGCUGUAGCUUCCAGAAGGACAACUGAGCCCGGAGCUUCGGCUGGAUUGCUAGUCGGCAUGAUAAUCGGAGUGGCCCAUUUUGUUCUAACCAACGCUAUUUGGAAGGCACCAGCAUGCGGGGAACCUGACACGAGGCCGUCUUACAUCAAACCCUUCCACUAUCUCUACUUUGCAGCAUUCAGUUUCAUAGUAUGUCUGGGAGUAACAGUAGUAGUCUCACUCUUAACCGACCCCAUUCCCUCCAGAUACCUGUACCGACUCACGUUCGCAACUCGCUUCUCCAUCUGUCAGCGAGUGGACCUCGGCGAACCCGAAGAUGAAGAUUUAGAAACCGAAGAAGAACUCACGGCGCCCAUAAGGACUAUAGGUGGGGGGCUGUAUCGCCAUGACGUGUUAAUGGAGACCGAGUUCGGUGUGAACCCUGUCUCGGGAAAAGGCCAGCGAGGUACCGCAUCGCAAAGGUCAAGUUGGCUCUAUCUAAGCGAAGACGAACAAAACAGCAAGAAGUGUUCAAACGUUGUGAAAAGAUUCUGCGGGUUGACGACAGAAGGAGAAGAACGAGAGGCGAGACUCGAGAAGAAACGAAUCCGCGAACUCGGAUAUGACGUCACCGAGUCGUUUCAUUGGGCUCGAUUUACCGAUGCAAACGCGAUUGUAAUUGUCGGAGUUACUUUCGUAAUUUGCGCACUAUUUUUGUAAAGUUGGAUUAUCUUUGCUGUAUUUAUAUUUUAACCCUUCUGACCCGAGGCUUAAUUCAUCUGAUUUGUAAUUGGCAUCAAUAAUGUGAACUCAUUUUUAAUAAAAUAAUUAA